UGAGGAAAACAGUAUUUCUCAAUUAAAGAAAGCACAUAGUGACAAAACUCAGGCAAACUGGAGUCCAGCUCAGUAUAGGCAACAAAGCUACGGUAUAAAAGAAGAAUCUAACAGUUUCGCCUCCAGCAAAAGAGGAAGAUCUAGAAAUCGUUUACUUAAACAGGAAAGAGAAAGUGCAGCAAAGAGAAAAGAAAAUUCUUAUACUCGGAAUAAAGAUAGCAAAAUCAAAGCAACUAACAAAUUAGAUCCUCCUGCUUCAUUAUUGAACAAAAGAAACAAAAAUAAGGAAAACAUAAAACCCAACUACAGAAACUACAGUGAGGGGGCUUUGAAGAGUCAGCCAACUCAAGAGGAUAUAGUUCAAUCCAUGCUACUGCAAAUUAUAGGCAGACUGGACAAGCUAGAAGGUCAAGACAGCUCAUCUCAUAGAAUAUCUACAAGAGACGAUCUUGCGGAUCGCUUCUAA